CCUUGCUUCCCUUCCCUCCCCUCCCCUCCCCAUCCAUUCCGGCCUCAAUUUGUAGCUACCUCCCAAGAUUCUACCGGUACCAAGCACUGCUGAUCGAUCGAGAUACACAUGGAGCAGGAAGAGGCGUCCACGACGAAGACGAUCACGGGGAGCACUACGUCGUCGAAGCCGGCGAGCAACAGCAGCAGCAAGGUGUCGCCGCUGCCGUCGCGGUUCAGGCGCGUGUGCGUCUUCUGCGGGAGCAGCCCCGGGAAGAAGGCGUCGUACCAGGUCGCCGCCGUGCAGCUCGGGCAGCAGCUGGUGGAGCGCGGGGUCGGCCUGGUGUACGGCGGCGGCAGCGUGGGGCUCAUGGGCCUCGUGUCCCGCGCCGUCCACAAUGGCGGGGGACAAGUCAUCGGGGUCGUGCCCAAGGCGGUGCUCCCGAGCGAGCUGAUCGGCGAGACGCCCGGCGAGCUCAAGGCGGUGUCCGGGAUGCACCAGCGCAAGGCGGAGAUGGCCCGGCGCGCCGACGCCUUCGUGGCGCUCCCCGGCGGGUACGGCACGCUGGAGGAGCUCCUGGAGGUGAUCACCUGGGCGCAGCUCGGCAUCCACGACAAGCCGGUGGGGCUGCUGAACGUGGACGGCUACUACGACUCGCUGCUGGCCUUCAUCGACAAGGCCGUCGACGAGGGGUUCAUCGCCCCCGCCGCGCGGCACAUCAUCGUCGCCGCGCCCACCCCCGGCGAGCUCCUGGCCAGGCUGGAGGACUACGUGCCGGCGCACCACGACGCCUCCUCGGCCAAGCUCACCUGGGAGUCGUCCGUGGACACCAACACCAUGGUCUGCUCACCGGACAUCUCACGCUAGCUGGCUGGCCGGACUUAGUACCCGGCCUCAACCGCCCAAGAUUGACAUCCGAUACACCUGAUUAUAUAUUCAUCCAACCAAAACGUACACAUGUACAUACUGAUACCAGAUAUCUUUUGUAGUAGAACCUUUACAUAUCUUGGACUAGUUAAUUAAUCAAUUGACUGUCGUUUCUUAGCAACUA